ACGAGAACCGACUACUUCGGAGUGUACCAACGACGACGCAUGUGCGUGCUAGCUAGUUACAUAUCGAACAAACAAUGGUAAUGAUUGUUCAGGAGCCUUUUUUGUUCACGUCUGUAAUUAAGAUUAUAUUACCGUCGCUUCUUAAUAGCUAGUCAGUUUUCAGGCGUACUGAAAACGUGUCUGUGUGUGGCAUUAGCUACACCUCCGUUUAAUUAGAUCGUAUAGCUGAUGCAUUUCAAUUGUGUUUAUGAAACUGAUGUCCUUAUUUUGGGUCAGAUCCUCUGAUCUGUCUGUUUGUGUUAUGCUGGGCGGUGUGUACUUUAAGAACCCCUUGCUAUCUUGCUGACUCACGUGACGGUCGGAGUCAUAAACUUACUUACAAGUUGUGGAACUGGACUUUACCGGUGUCUCAGUUUAUACUUAACGAAGUAACUUCGUCACAGAAAUGUGUCUGUUUGCUCAAUUUAGUUUCGAGACCCAAUACAAGCGCUAGUCCAUAGCUAACCAGGUUGAUCUCUGUACAGCCACAUGCUGACCCAACCUCAUGUCAUUGUAUCGUUCUAUUAGCUAGCUAUCUGUAGACAAUCCAUGGUCUCCUUGAUCAAGUGCCUAACUUUUUAAAUUUUGAGUUGUAAUUUCGACCGAAAGGUCUACCGUAUUUCUGUCAAAAGCUGUAUUCUGUCUACCUUGCAAUAAGCGCUAAACUACAACUAGCACGAAAAACUAGGAAACGACAGUGGGUCAACCGAGUGCUAGCUACGGAUGUUUCUUUCGCUUGCGUCAGUGGGGAUACGUAGCUAGAAACAUGAUUCCCCGGUCGGGUAAGGAGUUUCUUGUCCGUUUAUCUGGCUACUGUAAGCCGUUGUUUAGUGGCAGGUUUCUUAUAGUAACGAACACAGUUAGCUGCGGAGGCAUGCUGGCUGCAGGGGACGUAAUACAACAAGCCCGUGAGAAACGAAGGAUUCCGGAGAAAACGCAUGACUGGUUCCGGACAGGUCGCAUGUUCGGCGUCGGCUGUUCCAUGGGCCCGUUCAUGCACUACUGGUACCUGUGGCUGGAUAGCCUUUACGUCGGCAACACCUUGAGGGUCGUGGGCAAGAAAGUUCUGCUGGACCAGCUAUUUGCCUCGCCCGUCAUGGGCGCCUGGUACUUCUUAGGUAUGGGUGCUAUGGAAGGCCACUCCCUCUCUGACAGUAUGGAGGAGUUCAAAGGAAAGUUCUGGGAGUUUUACAAGGCUGACUGGUGUGUGUGGCCUGCAGCCCAGAUGAUAAACUUCUACUUCCUGCCGCCAAAGUUCCGAGUGCUGUAUGUGAACACCAUCACUUUGGGCUGGGACACCUACCUCUCCUACCUCAAACACCGCGACACCGUACCGAAGGAAGUCUCGGAGCCCGUGGUAACUGAGGAGACCGUAACGUCACCCAGCCGUGUGGAGGAGAAGCUCUGAUCAUCGCCCCGGCCGUUUGACGGCCUUCAUGAACAGCGUUCUUUUAAUCAUUUCACUUCGUUUCUCUCCGUUUGUUCCCCCCUCCGCCCGCACUGCCAGAUCUCUGACAUUCCUGUGGUUCCGACACGGUUCCUCCCGUUUCUGCAGUUCCUGCUUUCUCUGACGUUUCUCUCGCGUCGUGUGAUUGGAUACCGAAGUGUGCCGAAUCCUGUGCAGACUGCUCACUCCCUCCAGUGUUGUUUAACCUGUGUGUAUGUAUAUAUCAAUAUUUAUGUACAAGCAUGCAUACACGCACAAAUAAAUUAUUUUAACUACA